GCUCAGAAAAGAUUUCGUCACUAAAAACUACGCAUUUUCCUCAACCAAACGGUAAAUCGAUUAACGAAUUGCUGUCUUAUCAUUCGUAUUUCCUUCCCCGCAGUGUUACGCUCACUUAAGUCUCGAAUUAAAAGUGUAUUCAAAUAGUUUACUCUCUCGGGACUCGCUCAUUCACACGGCAGGUUAAUAUGUCGUCACGUCGAAAGGAGGAGUUAAUGAGCACUUCUUCGUUCUGAUUGGCUAGAGCAGUCGUCUGUAUGGACAAGCGAGACUUCUGAUUGGCUGUGGUGGGCGGGUCCGCAGGUGUCUUUUGCUCAUAGACGGACAGGCCAUCAAGAAGGUGAUCAAUCUCAAUUCGUAAGCAUUGGCUAUCACCUUCAUAUUACGCGUGGAUACAACGAGCCACAUCUGACUCAGUGCAAACGGACUUUGUGAAUAUAUUUGGGACUUUUGAAGUUUGCGGCUAAUUCGUUUUCUUACAAUUACAACCAGCUGGAGUUCAGAUUUCUCUUCACAAAAAAAAAAAGUGUUUCUUGGUUUUGUGGAUUUUCAGUGGAUCUCAAAGAAAAGAGCACAGAAGACCAAGAAUAAAAGCUGUCUCUCUGGAGCUCAACAAUGAUGUCAUACCUCAAACAGAACCCGUAUGCCAUGAACGGGCUGGGGCUCAGCGGGGCAACCAUGGACCUCCUUCAUCCCUCUGUGGGAUAUCCGACAAAUCCUCGUAAACAGAGAAGAGAGAGAACCACGUUCACUCGAACUCAGCUUGACAUACUGGAGAACUUGUUCGCUAAGACGCGCUACCCAGACAUUUUCAUGCGCGAGGAGGUGGCCCUGAAAAUCAAUUUGCCCGAGUCAAGAGUGCAGGUUUGGUUUAAGAACAGAAGGGCAAAGUGUCGGCAGCAGCAGCAGAGCAGCGGCAAUUCAAAGAUCCGUCCGGCGAAAAAGAAACCCUCUCCGUCCCGUGAGAGCCCGGGGUCAGAGAGCAGCGGUCACUUCACUCCUCCCGCCGUCUCCUCAUCGUCCUCGUCUUCGUCCUCAGGCUCCAACCCCUCCGGUCUUCUGAUCAACGGCUCGUCCUCAGGAACAACACCUGUCUCGUCCAUCUGGAGUCCCGCUCCGGUCUCGCCUCUCCCUGCUCCCCCGUCGCUACCCGACAUCUCCCCCCCGGCCAGUGCGUCCUGCAUGCAGAGGGCCAUCUCGGGCGCCGGGGGCUCCACAGGAGUGCCGUCGUAUCCCAUGCCCUACAACCAGGCUCCCAGCUACGCCCAGGGCUACCCGACCUCGAACGCCGCCUCUUAUUUUGGAGGCAUGGACUGCGGAUCCUACUUGGCGCCCAUGCCAGGUCACGCCCACCAUCACCCGCACGCCCAUCACACACAGCUGAGCACCGCCCCGCAUCACCACAUCGGGCAGAGCCACCCUCACCAGGGGUACGGCGGCACUGGGCUGCCUUUCAGCUCCUCAGACUGUCUGGAUUACAAAGAUUACAAAGAGCAGGCUGCCGUGGCAUCAUCAUGGAAACUGAACUUCAGUUCUGCGGCGGCCGACUGCUUGGACUACAAAGACCAGGCCGCCUGGCGUUUUCAGGUUUUGUAAGGGCUUCUGAUGCGGUUUCCUGACGUUUACUCGUUUGUUUUCGUCCCUUCCUCAACAUCGGACACCACUGGGAAGAAGUUUGAGACUUUUGUGCCAACUUUUUCCAGCCGCAGGAACACGGGUUACCAAAGUUUCUUGUGCAUUUUAAAAUCGAGACGGGUUCUUCGUCACACCCUCAACGGACAGAGUAAGAAGCGAGGGCACUCCCGGCAUGACGCACUGAAUGAAUGAGACACGUGGUGUUUAAAGCAAUGAAGGCAAUAAUCCUUUUUAUCUAUGAUUUUCUUUCCAGAGGAAAAGGUGACUUGCAGCCUCAUGUGAGAUGUUAAAAACUAAUUUGCAUUCAUGUUCAUUUAAUAAAUAUAAGCUUAAAACGGAGACAAAUUG